GUGGGAGUGGGAGGAGGAGCAAGGGCAGGACUCAAUUGAAAGAUCAUGCGUCUCAUGUUGGUGCUGAUGAUAAUGAGCUUCUCUCUGAGGAAAUCACUGCCUUGUGUGCAAUAUUUCAAGAUGACUGCAAAGUUAUUUCUGGGUCAUCUCCAUCCUCUCAAAUAAUUCUUAAACUCAGGCCUUACUCAAAGGAUAUGGGUUAUGAGGAUCUAAAUGUUUCUGCUCUUCUUUUAGUUAGGUGCUUACCAGGGUAUCCUUACAAGUGUCCAAAGUUGCAGAUAACUCCAGAGAACGGUUUAUCAAAGAGCGAUGCCGAUAAGCUUCUAGCUCUACUCAGUGAUCAGGCAAAUUCUAAUGCCCGAGAAGGACGGGUUAUGAUUUUCAAUUUGGUGGAGGCCGCUCAAGAGUUCCUAUCUGAAAUUGUGCCAGUGGGUCAAUCACAUGAAUCUGUAAGCUUUGCCAUUCAAUCAUAG